UUUUUACUUUUUUUGUCAUAUGAUGAAAUCCUCCAAAUUCUAUUUUUGUUUAUUAUGAAAUUCAAAAAAAAGGAAGCAUCAUAUGACUAUCAUUUUUAUUUUUAUGUUUAUUCAUUUUUUAUGUUUUUGUCAACAACAACAAUUUUAUUUAGAAAUAUAUUUCAAAAUUUUCUUUUCACAUCCCUCCACACACACUAACACUUACCCAUUGCUUGUUUGCCUUUCCGCGUCUGACUAUACACUAGCGGCUGUCAAUAACGCCCGCUUAUUUCUUCAUAUACACACCACCCCAAUAUUCUUUGCUUUACUUGCUUACUACAACGGCUGGCAAUUAAACGCCAUCGCUUGCUUUAAUGGCUCCUUCACUCAUUAA